GGUCGGCCGCCAUUCGUGGCCUCCCGGUCUGCUGCGGCGGCGCGGCCGGUCGAGGCCGGGCUCGGCCCGGCCCGCGACGGCUGGCCGCCGACGAGCGCGCUCGCGCUGCUCGUCAAAAUGGCGGCGGUGGCGAUUGCGGCGACGGUCGUGUUCAGUCGGCAUGAGCCUUCCGCGAUAUUCGAUCCCGCAGCCAAAAGCUGCUCGCUCGAACCGCGGCCGGCUCUACCAUCGCGGCCGCAGCUGUUGAGCUCUCCAGAAGACUGGUGCCUCAUAUGCUGCCUCCCUGCGGAUGCUGCCGGCGAGCCUGGCGGUCCGCUGUACUACAAGGAAGUGCUGACUCGAUUCUACCUCGAAUUCUUCUACCCCCACGACUCGGAACGCGAAU